AUGAUAGCUUACAUGCAGAAGGGAGGUGAUGUUUUCAUCAUUGUCUACAGCAUAGACGACAGGAACAGCUUUCAAGAAGCAAUUCGCCUUCGGGAACAGAUCCAAGCGACCAAGACCACGGCAAACGGUACGAAGUGCCCUCCCAUGGUCAUCGCAGGAAACAAGUGCGACAAGGACAACAACCGACAAGUUCCUCUGGAUGAAGCUAAAGCCGCCUUCGACCAGACAAGAAGGUGCAAUUUCCUGGAGACGUCCGCAAAGAAGUUCUACAACGUGGACGUCCUCUUCAGGUGUUUGUUCGAGAAUGCGCGCUUACCCAGUGAGAUGAGCCCGUCGCUGCAUAGGAAAGUGAGUGCGAGUCACGGACCGACGUCCUUAAGGCCUACGCAUAUCGGUAAGCUGGCCCUGAGGAGAAGGUUGAGCGAGGCGUGCGGCAUGGUGACCCCCAACGCCAGGAGACCCAGUGUCCGCAGUGAUCUUCUUCAGCUUCGGCUCAAAACCAUGAGGGGAAGCAGUAUGGAUGAGGUCGACGAUGAGGAUAGCGAGAGGAGCAGCAUCCACAGAAAGCUAAGGAAAGCCAUGUGCUGCAUUCAGUAGUGACGCCAUUACUGCAGGCAUAGCCAGACUGAUAGGGGACUAGGCCCUUCCGGAUGCCUCUGAACCCCUUCGGCUAUGCCACAAUUGAGCGAGCGUGACUCACAUUUUGAAAAUCUAUUUCGCGUAUAGUCUGCAACAGGUGAUUGUGCCGAGACCAGGUUGGAUUGGACCAAAAACUACUACCAUGAGUAGAAAACUUAGAUAUUAGGCAUUUCAAGUGAGUUUGGAAAAGAGCAGGAUGUGACGACUUCGCAUAUUCGAUAGAGAAUGGUUAAACAAAUUAUGUUCAGUGUGUAAAAAGAAAGUGAGAUCAGAUUGAAUGUGUCUACUCAUAACCAAGCUUCAGCCAUUUCGUGAGGGGUAUUCGACAAAGAAUUAAUCGAGAGGCGAAUCAAUGUUUUUCGAGAUUGAUUACGGACGAUUCGUCUGUCUGGUUUUGUAAACGCGAGGGAAAUCGAGGAAUCCUUUGAUAUCGAAAAAGGCAAAAGGAACAUCCGCCUCGGCGCCAAAAUGUUUUUUUAAUGACGCACUUUUUAUGUUCAACAUUAAGUAAAGAUAGCGUCGUUAUUUGUCUCCUUCUAAAUCUGCGCAUCACUCAAAUUCGUCUCACUCUUCUCGAUUAAAUAUUCACCGCCAGCGUCCCGUGUGGUUCUUUCAUUAUGAGCUUGUAAAAUACAUCACUAGUGUAUUCUGGUGAUUGUGGAAAAUGAGACC